AUGGAAAAUCAAACAUACAACCAAUACAACCACGUACAUGAUCCUCGUUUUGAGUACUAUAGCAGAACUAGUAAUGAAGUGGAGAUGCUCGGCGCCGGUCUAGUCGGAGAGGACUUAGCCGCAGUACCAGAUCACUGGCUCUCGUUUCCCGCACCCCCCGCUAGUGCUCACACUGCCUUGGCCCUGCUAUACAUCUUCUUCACAGCAGCUGCAUUGCUUGGAAACGGCCUUGUGAUAUUCAUAUUUUCAACAACAAAGAGUCUUCGAACAUCAAGCAAUCUUCUGAUCCUGCAAUUAGCUAUACUGGACUUUAUUAUGAUGGCGAAGGCACCUAUAUUUAUCUACAACAGCGCUAUGCGAGGCUUCGCUGCCGGCACGCUUGGAUGUCAAAUAUUUGCUGUCAUGGGAGCUUAUAGUGGUAUUGGUGCAGGAAUGACCAAUGCUUGCAUAGCAUAUGACAGGCAUUCAACUAUCACACGGCCUUUAGAUGGGCGAUUGUCACGUGGUAAAGCCCUGUUGAUGAUAGCUAUGGUCUGGAUUUAUGCUACACCUUGGGCAUUGUUGCCAUUAUUUAAGAUCUGGGGAAGAUAUGUGCCCGAGGGGUACCUAACGUCUUGUAGUUUCGAUUAUCUAACGAACACUUUUGACACAAAAUUAUUCGUGGCAUGCAUUUUUACUUGCAGUUAUGUUUUCCCUAUGUCGAUGAUAAUGUAUUUCUACAGUGGCAUCGUAAAGCAAGUUUUUGCACAUGAAGCAGCAUUGAGGGAGCAAGCUAAGAAGAUGAAUGUGGAAUCGUUGAGAGCAAACCAGAAUAGUGGCGCACAAUCAGCAGAAAUCCGCAUUGCAAAAGCUGCGUUAACAGUAUGUUUCCUGUUUGUGGCGUCGUGGACACCGUACGGCGUAAUGGCUCUUAUAGGUGCAUUCGGAAAUCAACAGCUCCUUACUCCUGGGGUUACAAUGAUACCAGCUGUGGCGUGUAAAGCAGUGGCUUGUAUAGAUCCAUGGGUUUAUGCAAUAAGUCAUCCAAAAUAUAGACAAGAACUUCAACGGCGUAUGCCAUGGCUUCAAAUCCAUGAACCCGACGAUACUACUUCCACUGCUACGAUGAAUACGGUGAACAGUGCUCCUCCUGCCACGACCGCUUAG